AUGCCAUCAUUGCCAUUUCCCACGGGAUACCCUGUGAAGGUCUUCGCCCUCCCCACAGGCCAGCUUACACAUCCUGACCGGUGGUUAUUCGAGGAUGGUGAUGAGGAUAUAAUCAAAGCAAGCAAUCCAUACCCGGAUUACAGUUUUCUUAUCCAACACCAAGAUUCCGGCAGGAACGUCCUUUUUGACCUAGGUUUGAUGAAAGACGAAAAUCUUAUGCCAGCAGUGAUUAGAGGUCUAUCCCACAUCACCAAGCCUUACGUGCCCGAGGAUGCCUUUGAUAUUCUCAAAAGAGGGCCAGUUGCUCCCUCGAGCAUCUCAGAUAUUACUUUUAGCCAUCUGCACUUCGAUCACAUCGGAGACUGCACCAAAUUUCCUGACGCACGGCUUCUUGCUGGACCAGGCAGCAAGGCUGCCAACGGACCUGGAUGGCCUACACUUUCCAAGUCGCCAUUUGGGUCUGCCCCUAUCCAGCAUCCCAAGUAUUCUGAACUCAGCUUUGAGGAACAUAGCUGGUCGCCACUUGGCCCAUUUGAUAGGGCAUACGACUUCUUCGGCGACGGGACUUUCUAUCUCAUCGACACUCCAGGCCACAUGGCCGGACACUUGGGCGGUCUGGCAUUGACGGGGUCAGACGAGUGGCUUUUCAUGGGCGGCGACUGCUGUCAUCACCGAUCCUUACUCUUCGGGAGUCGACCCAUGAGUGUGACUUGCGGCCCUGCGGGACAGCCUGGGUUUCAUCGGGAUCCUGAAGUCGCGAAGCAGACGAUUGCGAACAUUCGCAAGCUGGAAAAGUCGGACAACGUCUUUGUGGCGCUGGCUCAUGACUCGUUCUUGGUAGAUAUCAUGCCAGAAUAUCCAGAACCUAUAAAUGGAUGGUCUCAGAGCCAAUGGAACAAGAACCUACAAGGAGUUCUGGCCCAGAACUAUGAAUGA